GAAAUCGAGAACCAACAAAUUAUGUGUUCUUUUACAAAUAGAUAGCAAAUUCUCCGUUAUAUUAUGUUUUGUUCAUAAUUUUGUAUAUAUUUGUUAAUGAACUGUUGUUUAUUAGUUAAUUUUAUGUGUGUACUUUUGUACAAUGAUGUUAUCCAAGUUGAGUAUUAGGAAAAGUAAACAUCUAUUAGCAAGAGUAGCUUCUAAAUGCGCUCCUUGUGCCUUCUGCAUGCGGGAAGUAGACGAUGAAGUUAUUUAUGGUAAAUUAUAUGCUAUUGGCGACAUACAUGUCCACUAUUUUUGUGUGCUGCUCUCAUGCUGUCUAAUACAAAAGGGUAAAGAAGAAGAAGGCCUCUUUGGUUUCCUAUACCCUGAUAUUUUGGCGGAGAUUGAAAGAAGCAAGAAACAUCGGUGUUCAUAUUGCAACAAAGAAGGAGCGACCUUAGGAUGUUCCGUAUCACAAUGUAGGAAGCAAUUUCAUUUACCAUGUGGCAGAGAGAAAAAUGCUAUAUCUAUGUUUCACGGAAAUUACAAAUCAUAUUGUUGGAAGCAUGCACCUAAACAAAAGAUAGCAAAUAACAUAUUAGAAAACAUUAAGGAAAGAAAGAUAAAAGAAAGGAAAUUAAAAGCUGUAGUGGUGAAGGAGGAAAUUAUAUCUGAAGACAUACAACAAGAUAUGGUAUGUGUUAUAUGCUAUGAAAAAGUUGAUCCUUUUCCGUCUCUUGGGACAUUUUGGCCGCCUUGCUGUGCGAGAGAUGCCUGGUUCCAUAGAUGUUGUUUACAGAGAAUGGCCUUAAGUGCAGGCAUGCAUUAUUUAAAAUGUCCGCUAUGUAAUGAUAAAAAACAAUUCUACAAUGCUGUUAUGAGUCAAGGGUAUUAUAUACCAGAUAGAGACGCAGCGUGGGAACUAGAACAGAACGCGUUCGCUGAAAUAUAUGAAAGGAAAAUUGUUUGCAAUGUGCCAGAAUGCAAGUGUCCACAAGGAAGGGAACAUAAUAUUGAUAAUGGCCCAUGGGAUAUAAAACUAUGUCUUCUAUGCGGUAGUGUAGGCGCACACGCACUAUGCGCGGACAUACAUACGAAUUUGUAUGUAUGUGCUGUGUGUGAACCGGCUGCACCUAGUGAUGUGGAGUACUUGAAAGCUAUUGAUAGAUUGACACUUCCAGAUCCAAAUCAAAAUUUAUCAAGGUCGAGACAAGGGCCGAGGAUGCCAAGCCGAAUGUCGUUAAGAAGAACUAAACCGAAGUUAUUUGUUAAUAAUAUGCCGUCAAGUUCGAAUGUAAAUCAAGAAAAAGUUCAAACAAACGAUCAGACAUCAGAAAACACGAUAACAAGCAGGAGCGAGUUGAAUCUAAAACCGCCAAAGCGAAGAAUUUUCGAAUCGUACUACAAGAAUUUGGAAAAUAAACUACAAUCGCCUAUAAAACUAUUGGAAAAGAAGUUAGAAGACAUCGAAACGCUCGACAGUUUAGCGUGGAACUCUAGCGAAGUGAUAGAUGUUAUAAGAGAGAAAAUAAGGAAGCCGAGGCCUUUGGCUGUGAAGAAGAAAAUUGUGAAUACCGUUAUAGACAACGUUCUAAAUAAUAUAUUGAAAGAGCGACCAAAAAUAAAAGAACCAGUAAAAGAAUGGAUAUCGCCUAAAAAGAGCUGUGACAUAACUGAUGCUGUUUCUCAGAAAAUGGAAGUAGAUCUUGUUCAAGAUAUAAAGAAAGAACAUGGCAACACUCAAGAAAAUCCUAUAAUAUGUCAAAAUUUUACAAAUAUGUCGAACAAAAAUAAUAUAGAAAAUGAAAAUCAUAUGGAUACUUCCAAUAUACUAACUGAAGAGUUUCUUGAUAAAAAUCUACCGAUCAUUAGUCCUAAAUCAAAACCGGUAAUUGUCAAUACCGAUUCAGCAAUCGAAAUAUCGAAAAACGAUCAAAAACUAGAUAUUAAUGUUGUUAAAAUCGCGCCAAGUGACAAAGAUAAAAUUGUCCCGCUAAAAUUCAGCCCGCGUAAAGAAAUUGCUGGCAAAAACAUAGACAUUGAUGUAGAAAGCUUCAAAAAUCAAUAUUUGAACGAAGUCACCAACAAAAAUAAAACCGAUUCAAAAGAAGAAAAAUCGAAAAACCGUUCCGAAAUUCGAAAGACCAAAGACAAGAGACGUGAAAAAAAUAAAAGGGUCAAAUCGAAAAUUAAAAAACGUUACGUCACAGAUAAAGUAAAGAGCAAAAGGAACAUCAAUUUCGUCUUUGAUAUGUCAGAGAAUGCUGCCAGUAGAAAAAGUAAAAAAGUGUCACGCGGAAAAAGGCGCGAAACCGAACUGUCAAUACGCGAUAAAAAUAUUCACGUCAAUAUAAAAUGGAAGAAAGAACAAUUGAAGUUGAAAAUAACGAAAUCGAAGGAGGAAAGAAAAGUUUUGAAACAAUAUGUGUUGAAUUAUCCAGAAAAUUCACAAAGCGGUGUGCUUUUAAAACCGGACACGGAAAUAUCGCCUAUUAGAAGAAAAUUAAAGAAAACUGUAAAAAAAUCAGAUAAUUUAGUGCAAACGUCUAUUGAUAACUUUUUUAAAAUAAAGCUGCCGGAAAACUAACUUUAAGUAUGCAUGUACUGAUUUUAAGUUAUUUUAGCUUAGAUUCCACCGCACUUAACUACAUAUUAUAUUAAUAAGAAUGUAUUAAAUUAUUAUACAGGGUGU